CUUCCAAGGUGCACGGAGAAGGGAAACAGUCUGAGGAGGUUAAAACUCCAGCAACAAUUGUAGUACAUAGAAAAAGUGGCCCUGAUGAAGGCCACAAGCCAAAACGUGUUGGUCUGACAAUAAAGUUGUUCUAUAUACUAGGACUGUUGUACUAGACUGCAAUAGUUUUGGCUAGGUGUUCCUAAUAAACUGACAACUCAGUGUAUGUUGCCUGCAGAAAAAAUUCACGUCUAGUUCCCCUACAAGUAGCACCAAAUUACAUUCCAGGAAACUAUUAGAAAAUUGUGAGAAAAAAUACAGACCUGUAAAAUAAAGUGAUUAGAUAGAUAGAUUUUUGGUAAUAGAUUCUGCACACUUUUGUUAAGUGGCUGUACAAAACAGUAGAACUUUGAUUUAACUGUUUCAUGCCCACCACCAGGGGGCGCCAGACGCGCCUCCCUCGGCAUCACUGAUCAGCUAUCUUCUUCUGCUCCCCUUAAACAUGGCGGAGGUCAGGCAUCGUGUUGGAAGGGGAGCGUACGACUUUGUACACAAAUUAUGUAAACGGUACCUCCUGGAAAUUAAGAACAAGCAAGGUAAAAUUGCAAUACAGGCUUCGGCUCUAUCACCUGGGUUUCUGUUGGGUGAUAUUCAAAAUGGCGAACUGUAUGGAGCCGAAAAUGCUGCCGACAGAGUGACCGUUGGAGUUUCACAGGACAGUUACACAAGGGUAACACAACUGUUUAGUACUGUUGACGAUGUUUGGGAAAACGGAAAUGUCGCUGAAUAUUAUUAUUAUUAUCUUGGACUCAACAAAGAGUAUUCACUUCCUAACAAGACCCUGGUUCAAAAUAUAGAAAGAAAUCUCCCUCUGUAUCGCAGUAAUGCCAGGUUUCGGAGGACUUUCUGCACCUGCAGGUCUGCUCGUCGACAACAGAGCCUCGGUAGUCGGCGUUUGUGUUGGGGACAUGGAGAGUUUGUGUUUACCAGAGCUUACAGCGGCAACGGAACCCGAUCUGAGCCCCUUUACAAAACCAAAACAGGCUACUAUGAAGUCCUGCAGGUGACACCUACCGCCACUCAAGCCCAGAUAAAAACAGCCUACUACAAGCAGUCCUUCAUCUACCACCCGGACAGAAACGCCAGUAGCGGGGAGGCCACUGUCCGCUUCUCUGAGAUCAGCGAGGCCUACACCGUGCUGGGCAACAAGGCACUGAGGAAGAAAUACGACAGGGGUCUGUUGAGCCAGUCAGACCUCAUCGCAACAGCCAGACCCUCCGUCAAGGGCACCACAGGCAGCUCAAAGCAAACCGAGGGCCGCCGGUCUGUGGUGGGCGGAGACAGCCGAGGAGGCGUCUUUGAUUUCGACAAGUUUUUCAAGGAUCACUACAACGAACAGCUGCAGAGACAACGAGACAUCAGAGUCCGCAAAGAGGAGAUGCUGAGGAAGAAGCAGGAGACGAUUGGGGAGAAGAAGCUGGGCAGGAUGAUGGAGAUGGGAGUCGGGGCGCUGCUGGCGAUGGCCGUGGCUAUACUGAUCAGCUUAAAACGGGGUUGAAGUUCAUCCACAUGGAGGAGAUGGAGGGUGUAGUGAGGAGGAAUGUGCACACCUUUUAAUAGUAUUGUGGGUUCCUUGAAUCAUCACCACCCUUCACACGACACAAAAACAACACUGAGUACAGGACUGCUGUUAAAAGCCCUAUGUUUGUCCUCUGACCUCUCUAUGCAGGCAGACAUGAACAACUCAAUGUCAGUGAAAUACCAUGGCUGACUCAACAUCGUCCUUUGGUUUGUUGUGACACAGUGCAAUGUGCAAUUCUAUAGGAUUGCACUGAAAAGCUGCUAAUCAAAGACUAGACUGUACAUGUGUAUAUGUUUCACUUCCUCAGUCUGAAAGCUUGCAUCUCAGCACACUUCUCAUUCAACACAGUAUUCAUUAGUUGUUGAGAUGACCCUAUGCACUGGUGUUUGCUUGGUGUUGCCUUUGUCACUCAGUUUGUCAGUCACACACAGUCAAUGUGAGUCCCUACAGCAGGGACGGGUAUCUUUGAAAUGUUUCAGUACUAGUGCUAAUGCAACACUUAAGGUUACCAAGUCAACUCUUGUGAAUAUUUUCUCUGCAGAUCUUCUUUGUUAAAUGUAAAAAGAAAUGAUAAAAGGUUGUCUAAACACAAGCAGCCAUUCAAGAACAAAAUAAAAUAGUUUAAAAAUUGACAAAUUAUUUAAAUUAGUAAACAUCUUAUUAAAGAAUAAGUAAGAAGAUUAUGAAUAUGACCAGGCAUUCACAACUUUCAGCACUUUACAGUUCUGAUACAGAAACAUUUGAGUCAAAAAAAAAGGAUUGAGGGUUCAGCACUCGGCUCUACCCAGGAGUCAUUAAUCCCUCACUGUGCCAUGAAUGCGGUCUUUGAAUGUAGUCCACAAUACUGAGUGAACACGCUGACAGAGGAAGAUCCAGUGGUUGAUUUGCAACCUGGUAGUGCUGCAGUUCAGCUCAUUUGGCUUUUAUAAAGUUAUCUGUCAAACAGAUUUCUUUAUUUUUAAUGGUGAAGCAAGUUUUGAUUAUGUUUUAAUGUAUUGCUAUUUAUGAAAUAUUUAUAGCAAUAUAAGGCAGUAAGGGAUGUGUGGAUCAGUUAUAUCUUGAGAGCACAUUAAACAGGUGCUUUGCUUAUUAUAGCUCAGAUAAUUGAAUUAAAGAAUGUGCCUUGGAUUAUAUUUAUUGUAAAAAUCAAUGGUUAUAUUGUCCUGAUAUUUAACUAAUAAAUGACUUAUGAGCAGUGCCUGUCAGAGCACAAUGAAA